UUCUCUAACUUAGAAUAUCCACAUGCAAUUAGUAAGCUGAUCACUCUAAAUUACUGAGAAGAUCAGCAGAGAUAGGGAGUUAAUUUCUUCAAACAUCGAUUGAUCCGCGGAUCAUGGCUCUAAGUAUGCCUGGCUUAAUCGUCAUGCCAAAGAUGAACAUGGUCCAAUCAAUUCCCAGUUGCAAGUCCUACCAACAUCAACCCAUGAUUAUGCUGCAUCCUCACCACGACCGUAUGCAUGCCAGGAAUAUUAGUCACUCCAUAAUAUGUGGAGCUAAAAGGCCAGGGGGGAUCAGCACAGGGAGUGGUGGACAAAUUAAUGGGACGAAGGGGUUGAGGGAGCAGAAUGUUUCUGAUCUCACCAGCUCAAAGACUGAUCAGAACGAUGGCAAGAAAAGCAAAGAAGAUGUCACCGCUACUCCAAAAAAGACUGGUUCUACCAAUUGAAAACAUAUUAUCGACAAUGAUAUCGACACUUUAUGAUAAUCCGUCUUCUAAUAAAUAACGGACUUGCUAUGCAAAGAAGAACUGGGAUAUAUAUAACAUUCUAAAAUAGCUAUGCUUUUUAAUAGAGAGAGUAGCUUGUGAGUAAGAUGCAUAAGUCUUCCUUCGAUCCGGUCUCAACGCGAAGCUCAAAGAUGUCUGAGAAGGAUAUGGCAAUUAAAGUAGAUGUCAUAUUAAUGGUAGAAAGCAUAUUGUAUGCAUAAAUAAUAAUCAUAUUAAUGGUAGAUGUCAUGUUUAAUGGUUCCUAUAAAUAAUAAUCAAAUGAUUAGUGAAGUGUUUUAGCCUGA